AUACCUGUUACAUACAAACGUAAUUGCAAGGACCAGCGUCUUGCUGGCGAUUGCUUCACCCCACAUCACUCCUGAAAGACAAGACACAAGUUUAGGACUUCCAACUGCCUAAGGGCUUCACAUCAUGUCCCAAUCUCUCCGCCCGUAUCUCCAAUGUGUGCGGAGCACCCUCACGGCCGCCCUCUGUCUUUCCAACUUCGCCUCCCAGACUUCCGAACGCCACAAUGUCCCCGAAAUCGAAGCCCAAACAUCCCCCGAGGUUCUACUCAAUCCAUUAAUCAUCGCACGUAACGAGAACGAGAAGGUCCUCAUCGAGCCAAGCGUCAACAGUGUGAGAAUAAGCAUCAAGAUCAAGCAGGCAGACGAGAUCGAGAAUAUCCUAGUUCACAAGUUUACCCGUUUCCUCACCCAACGAGCCGAGGCCUUCUUCAUCCUUAGGAGAAAGCCAAUUAAGGGCUAUGAUAUUUCAUUCUUAAUAACAAAUUUCCAUACCGAGGAGAUGUUGAAGCACAAACUGGUAGACUUCAUUAUCCAGUUUAUGGAGGAAGUCGACAAGGAAAUUUCGGAGAUGAAGUUGUUUUUGAAUGCCCGAGCAAGAUUUGUAGCCGAAUCCUUCCUAACACCUUUUGAUUAAGCAAAACAUCUGGAUGGGGGACUCCAGUUUAUGCCCACUGAUAUCGAGGUCAUGACAAGGCGCCGAUGGAUUAUUCGACUGGCGUUCAUAAAGAUGCAAGAGUUGAUACACCCAAAUUAUUAGCUGGUGACGCCACACAGAAAAAGAGCGACACUUUAGCAGUACAGAUUUUCUAAACGCAUAAAAUAGCAUCAAUCGAUGGAGAUUAUCUUUCCAUGAAUUCUCAAACCCACUUACCCCUUUUCUAGCCAAUUCCCCAACACGUG